CCAAAGAUUUGACCAAUGGGAGCGAGGAAUGCAGACUGCUGCUUCCCUUUUCACAUCAUGGCCACUGAGAAUGCAGAAGUGACCUUGCUGGAAGAAAAGGCCGGUAUGGAAGAUUACGGUCUCUUGCGCUUGCUCCUCAGCCGUGCAUCAUGCGAGGGAAGUCAACAGUACAUUCGACGAGCUGACAGCGACAGGCUUCGUGAAGUCUUUGAUAAAUAUGCCAGUGUUGAGAAAGAUGGCAGCAAUUACAUGACACCAAAUGACUUUGUACGAGGCUUUCUUGGCCUGUAUGAAGGCCCCAAGUACAACCAACAAGCGGUCAACAUGCUUGGGAGCAUUCUGGACACUUCCAAAGAUGGGCUUAUUUCAUUCAUGGAGUUUCAAGCUUUUGAAGGUGUCCUGUGUCAGCCGGACGCGCUGUACAAGGCAGCCUUUCAGUUGUUUGACACCAAUGGAUCUGGUUCAAUUACACAUGAUGAGUUUGAGGACAUCAUCAAGAAGACGACACUGUAUGAAAAGAUUCCAUUUGACUUCAAGAGCGACUUUAUGACUCUACACUUCGGGGCAGACCAUGCAAGGACGGUUAACUAUGCAGAGUUUUCCCAGCUUUUGCACGACUUCCAUGAAGAGCAUGCCGUCCAAGCGUUCAAGCAGUACGACAAGAAGCGCAGCGGUGCCAUUGCCGCCAUGGACUUCAACGACAUCAUGGUUUCGGUCAAGUCGCACUUGCUCAGCGAGGACGUCAAGAAAAACUUGGUUGCCGUAGCAGGCUCUGCCUCGGGGGGCCACCAAGUGACAUUUCCGUACUUCAUGGCGUUCAACUCGCUGCUCAACAACAUGGAACUCGUAAAGAAGAUAUACCUGAACUUCACAAAAGGCAGCACUUCCCUUGAGGUCACCAAAGAGGAGUUCCUGUAUGCAGCACAGCAGAUGUCCCAGGUCACACCCCUAGAAAUUGACAUCCUUUUCCAACUCGGCGGCUUCCUUCAUCAAUCCACAGGGCGUGUAACAUAUGAAGACUUGGAGAGAAUAGCGCCUUAUCGGCCAACAAGAUUUCUUUCAAGGCCUAUUGCUGAAGUUAAGGCAGUUCAGAGUCCCGAUGAUAGGGGCUUCGGUGUUCAACUUCUCGAAAGUGUCUACCGGUUUACGCUUGGCUCAAUUGCCGGUGCGGCGGGAGCCACGGUUGUGUAUCCCAUCGACCUGGUGAAGACUCGCAUGCAGAACCAGCGGACAGGCUCCUACAUUGGGGAGCUCAUGUAUCGCAACAGCUGGGACUGUGCUAGCAAAGUGAUUCGACAUGAAGGCUUCUUUGGCCUCUACCGAGGCCUGCUACCACAAUUGGUGGGAGUCUGUCCUGAGAAGGCCAUCAAGCUCACAGUCAACGACUUUGUCCGAGACAAGCUGACCAGCGGGAAAGGAGAAAUCCCACCGUGGGCAGAAAUAAUGGCCGGUGCAUGUGCUGGUGCCUCACAAGUGAUGUUCACCAAUCCCCUGGAAAUUGUCAAGAUUCGUCUGCAAGUAGCAGGAGAAAUUGCGUCUGCAGCUAAAGUCAGGGCGUGGACUGUCAUCAAGGACCUCGGAAUUAGAGGACUAUACAAGGGCUCCCGGGCAUGCUUCCUGCGAGACAUCCCCUUUUCUGCCAUAUAUUUCCCAACGUAUGCACACUGCAAAUUAAAGUUUGCAGAUGAGAUGGGCCACAAUGGACCCGGGUCUCUGCUGGUGUCUGCUAUGAUUGCAGGUGUGCCAGCCGCGUAUUUAGUGACACCUGCGGAUGUGAUCAAGACAAGGCUACAGGUGGCCGCACGACAGGGUCAGACCACCUACUCGGGCGUCAUGGAUGCUUGCCGCAAGAUUUGGAAAGAGGAAGGAGGACAGGCUUUCUGGAAAGGAGGACCGGCCCGUGUCUUCCGGUCAGCCCCUCAAUUUGGCUUCACACUGUUGACAUACGAAAUCCUCCAGAGGCUGUUCUACAUUGACUUCGGAGGGAGGAGGCCAACGGGAUCACAAGUCAAGGUGCCUGUGCAGACAGGAGAGAUGAGGUCUUCCAACCCUGACCACAUUGGUGGCUACCGUGUCGCCUUGGCCACAUUUAGUGGCAUGGAAACCAAGUUUGGACUUCUUUUGCCCCGGUUCAAUGUGGCUGCCUAGUGGGCAUCGCCCGAAGUAGUGAAUGGACAGCUUGGCUUGGCAUGAAGUAUGUACACACACUCGCCGUCCGGUGUAGUGUACGCAGAACUUGCUCAGUCACACAGUGGUAAAAUAGGCGAGUAAUUCUCCUGUCUGCCCCCCGAUUUUAGCAUGUAUAAUCAAUGCGCCAUUGUUUCAAAGGUUUUUUUAACUACUCUUUUCUUGACCAGUCUGCGUGCUUAAGAACUGAAUGUUUAGAGGUUGGACUAUGCAGAGCGAAAAAGACGGAACGAAAGAAGUGGUGCUGCGAAGUUUUUAACUGCCAGGCUAGGAAUGUUUUAAUUUCCGGUGUGUCGUAGGGGUGGUGUUGGACAUGACCAUGGUACAGCCGUGCGCCUUUCUUGUGUUCAUUAGCCAUGAGCCCUGACGAAGCGAACUGUACAGCGAGAGCAGGGUUGUGUUCAUUCUUUAGCGUAAGGUGGUGAAGUUUUGUGUAGUUAGGAACGUUGUUUCCCGUUUUACGAGCAGCUACGCAUUGCUGUUGCGGCUGUUCACCGAUGCACAUGUUGUUGUUCCAUAUGUUGAAGCUCCGAAUUUUAGCAAGCUUGGUGCAAAGCUAUGCCACUGGCACACCAGUUGCCAGGUGGAGAUUUCAAAAGCAUUGGGUCACACCUGGGAGAGAUUGUUAUAGUCAAGUUUUUAUGGAAACAGCAGUGCAAACCUGUGCUCAGGGCCUUGUACCACCAUGUCAUCAAGCCACCCCAGUCAUGUACCUUGGGUCUGUUGUAUAAUGGUUCUGCCAUGCAAAUACGGUGGAAAUAUUGACUUUGUCCCUUUUGCUUUAGCAGUCCUAGUCACACUAGUUCUUAACAUAUUGUGCCUGACAGUGGCACAAAAUGUAACUACCCUUACUUUUGUCUAGAUUGUGUACAGUUAUUUUAAGACUUCCUUUUCUCUUCGAGUUCAGCGGUAGCAUGGCAGUUUCAUCUGUACAGAAGCAUUAAAAGUUGAAUGUUAUACUUUCA